UUGACUUUUUCCAAUGGUAAACAAAUCGAAAACGCAUUUUGGGUGGAAUUUCUGAGAUGCCGUUUUUUCCCCCAGCUGUAAAGGAUCAUCACAUCCCCAACCUCUGGGAUUCAUUUGUUCAAUGCAACACUGCCAUCUAUGGAUAAGACUCGCAGGGCGCUGUGUUUGUCGCGCGUCACGUUGCCGCCUGUGUGCGUACCGAAGGUGCGGCGUACAGACGCCGUCUGCGGACGCGCCUGUCAUCUGGAGGAAACUCCUCCUUGCAGACAGCGCGUCCUGUCGUCUUUCCAUCGCAAUGGUCUCCUGGAUCAUCUCUAGACUUGUGGUACUGGUUUUUGGUACACUGUAUCCUGCCUAUUCAUCUUAUAAAGCUGUGAAGUCAAAAGAUGUGAAAGAAUAUGUAAAAUGGAUGAUGUACUGGAUAAUAUUUGCCUUAUUUAUGACGGUGGAAGCGUUUACAGAUAUGUUUCUUUGUUGGCUUCCUUUCUACUAUGAACUGAAGAUAGCCUUUGUGGUGUGGCUGCUGUCGCCGUACACGAAGGGCUCCAGUGUUCUGUACAGGAAAUUUGUACAUCCCACGCUUUCCUCAAAAGAAAAGGACAUUGAUGACUACAUCUGUCAUGCAAAGGACAAAAGCUAUGACACACUGUUGCAUUUUGGGAGAAAAGGGCUGAAUGUUGCAGCCACUGCAGCAGUCAUGGCUGCUACAAAGGGCCAGGGGGUUCUGUCAGACAGACUAAGGAGCUUCAGCAUGCAGGAUCUGUCCUCCUACCAGUCUGACCCUGUGACCUCCAGCCCUGGUUCUGCGCAGUCUGGAGCUACUCAGCACCGGACCAGACCCAUCAUGCGCAGCAAGUCAGAGAGCUAUAAGGAUUUUGACAUGACCGAGUAUGAGGUGUUGGGUUUGGAACCGUUGGACUCCGUAGAUUUUCAGUCCAACACGACAUCAGCCGUGUCCACACUUGUUACACCCUCUGUGACACCCCCAUCCGCCCCAACCUCUACACCCAGCCCACCUCCCACUCCUGCAGCUCCAGAGCAGGCUGAGGAGGUGGACAAAGAGCCACCUUCACCAUCGAGUUCGCCCCAGCUCAGGCUGAGUAAGAGGAAAGCUCCUGAGCCUCCUCAUAGAGUCUUAAGGCCUCUCACAAGAUCCAGGAGUGCUUUUUCUUCAAACAAUGAAGCUAUGUGAAACUGUCUUCAAAACUCCUCCAGCUGCCUUUGCUGCAAGAAGUAAAAAUAUUGAAUGGCCAAAAGCUACAUCACUAAAGCAGCCAUGCUAUGGAGUACGGUAUUACCAAAGUGUCCUCUUAAGAACCCUCUCUUUACAGUAUAUAGCUAGUGGCUCAUUGUUUGAAAAUCAGAUUUGAUAUUGGAAAAAAUGAGCGAAUGGUCUUCAUACUGACACAUGCUUUUUGAUAGAAGGUUAUUGAAUAUGUAUUUCUGUACAGUUUGUGUGUACAUCAUGAUUUCAUUGUUUUUAUAUGUCAUUGCUGGGAAGGCAGUUGCAUGUGGGUCUAUCCAGUCGUUAAUCUGCUCUCGGUUAAACAGAAUGUGCUGAGGAUGAAGACCACAGUUGGACCUGCUGAGACAUUCAAAAACAUCAGGACUCGAGCCAAGAAUCAAUAGAAACCAAGCUGUAUUUAAAAACCUGUUGUUUUAAUGUUUAUUAGAAGAUAAAACCAUCUGUAAAUUUAGUACCAAAAGGUCUGGCAGCAGUAAGACACACUUAUUUGCUUCUUCCUUUGGCCCCAAAGAAAAAAGUAGCUCUUUCUCCAAUUCUGAUCUUCAGAUUUUAACAGAACGCUUUCAUAAAAAAUAUAUUAUUUUGCACUUUUUCUACCCCACAACUUAGUUCUCUUAUUUAAUUUCUCAACGUUUUUAUUUAAUUUCAAAACGAUUAGACACAUAAAGGCCAAUUAGGAAUUUAUAAAUGUAUGGGCUUUGCAAAAAUUAAAUCUGAACUCUAAACAUAUUUUUUUGCUGUUAGAAAUCUCCACCUCUCCUGGUGACAAAAUGCUCGCAUUUGCUUCUUUUUCUUCUUUCAGGAGCUAAGAUGGAAAUCUGUGGGUGCUGAUGUUUUUUUUAUCAUGCACUUUGUUUAAAGAGACAAAAACCAUCACUGUGUCCUUCACUUUCUCAGUACAUUACCAUCACUACAGUUGGGUCUUUUAAGAUAAUUCAAGCCUCUCAGGUAGAAAACUGUUCUGUUUACACAUCCUUCACUCUAAUAUACAUUUAUUAUGCACAGGAAGUGUUCUUUAAAUGCAUACCUUGUGAGAAUAUGUGACCCAGGGUAAACUUGUGUUUCUGCAUUAGUGGUAGAAUUGUUGGUGUUAAUUUUAACAUCCAUGUAAGAAGAAAAAAAGACUAGCAAGUUUGUGUACUUGAGCAUUCACUGCAAAACUCGUCAUUGCAUGAAUCAUUUGUGUAACAACUUAAUUGAUUUUGUGGAAAUCUUGUUUGCCUCAUUAAAAAGCCUUUUUAUUUUUAUUUUUACUUGUUAAUUUUAAUGUAAAAAAAUUAAACUCCAUAACCUACUUGGCCACAAUACAUACAAAAGAUUUUACUCGAAAUCAGAGUUGAUAUAUUUAACCCUUUUUUCUGGCUGGCCAGAAUUUUCAUUUUUGUUUCCAUUUCAGGUCAAAAUGAAAAGCAGUGAUACUGUACAAUCAUUGUUUGUCUUUAUUAUUUUGCUAUUCUUAUAUUUUAUUUCUGUUGUUAAAGAAAAGUUGGUUACUGCCAUUAAAUAAAUCAGAGAACUC